AUGGAGUUACCUGAGGCGGUAAACGGGAACGGCGAGGAAUCUAUCUAUCUAUCUAUCUAUCUAUCUAUCUAUCUAUCUAUCUAUCUAUCUAUCAUAAACAGCAACAUCCCACCCAGUCACCCAUCAUCGCCUCAUCCCACACAGUCACCCAUCAUCGCUUCAUCUCACCCAGUCACCCAUCACACCUUCAUACCAGCCACUCACCCACCAUCGCUUCAUCACACCCACUCACACACCAUCGCUUCAUCCCACCCAGUCACACAUCAUCGCUUCAUCCCACCCAGUCACCCAUCACAUCCUCAUCCCAGCCAGUCACCCAUCAUUGCUUCAUCCCAUCCAGUCACCCACCAUCGGUUCAUCCCACCCAGUCACCCAUCAUCGCUUCAUCCCACCCAGUCACCCAUCAUCGCUUCAUCCCACCGAGUCAACCACUAUCGCUUCAUCCAACCCAGUCACCCAUCAUCCUGUCAUCCCACCCAGUCACCCACCAUCGCUUCAUCCAACCCAGUCACCCAUCAUCGCUUCAUCCCACCCAGUCACCGAUCGUCGCUUCAUCCCACCCAGUCACCGAUCGUCGCUUCAUCCCACCCAGUCACCCAUCAUCACUUCAUGUCACCCAGUCACCCACCAUCACUUCAUCUCACCCAGUCACCCAUCAUCGCUUCAUCCCACUCAGUCACCCGUCAUCGCUUUAUCCCACCGAGUCAACCACUAUCGCUUCAUCCAACCCAGUCACCCAUCAUCACUUCAUCCCACCCAGUCACCCACCAUUCUUUCAUAACCAUCCCUUCAUCCCACCCAGUCACCCAUCAUCGCUUCAUCCCACCCAGUCACCGAUCGUCGCUUCAUCCCACCCAGUCAACCACCAUCGCUUCAUCCAACCCAGUCACCCAUCAUCGCUUCAUCCCACCCAGUCACCCGUCAUCCCUUCAUCCCAACCAGUCGCCCAUCAUCACUUCAUCCCACCCAAUCACCCAUCAUCACUAUCCCACCCUGUCACCCAUCAUCGCUUCAUACCACCCAGUCACCCAUCAUCACUUCAUCCCACCCAGUCACCCACCAUUCUUUCAUAACCAUCCCUUCAUCCCACCAAGUCACCCAUCAUCCUUUCAUCCCACCCACACCCAUCAUCGCUUCAUCCCACCCGCACACAUCACCGCUUCAUCCCACCCAGUCAACCCCAUCGCUUCAUCCAACCCAGUCAUCCAUCAUCGCUUCAUCCAACCCAGUCACACGUCAUCCCUUCAUCCCACCCAGUCACCCAUCAUCCCGUCAUACCACCCAGUCACCCACCAUUCUUUCAUAACCAUCCCUUCAUCCCACCCAGUCACCCAUCAUCGCUUCAUCCAACCCAGUCACCCGUCAUCCCUUCAUCCCACCCAGUCACCCAUCAUCCCGUCAUACCACCCAGUCACCUAUCUUCUCUUCAUCCCACCCUGUCACCCAUCAUCCCUUCAUCCCACCCAGUCAACCAUCAUCCCUUCAUCCCACCCAGUCACCCACCAUUCUUUCAUAACCAUCCCUUCAUCCCACCCAGUCAUCCAUCAUCGCUUCAUCCCACCAAGUCACCCAUCAUCCUUUCAUCCCACCCACACCCAUCAUCGCUUCAUCCCACCCGCACACAUCACCGCUUCAUCCCACCCAGUCAACCAUCAUCGCUUCAUUCCACCCAGACGCCCACCAUACCUUCAUCCCUCCCAGUUACCCACCAUCCUUUCAUCCCACCCAGUCCCCCAUCACCGCUUCAUCCCCCCACCAGUCACCGAUCAUCGCUUCAUCCUACCCACAGAAAUACAUUGCUAUUUUGCAAUUUUAUUAUCUAUCUAUCUAUCUAUCUAUCUAUCUAUCUAUCUAUCUAUCUAUCUAUCUAUCUAUCUAUCUAUCUAG